AUGUCGUACGGAUGGUCACGUUACUGUAACCGAUUCUGGCUUUCUUGGGGUAGUUUGUGCAGUCACUCAGAUCAUUGAUGACCUCAACAGAUGCUACCAACGUGAUCCUGAUGCUGUUCGUGCCUGA